UAGCACAGAAGGCCAGCGAAAGGGGACAGAAAAACAUAAAUAUGAUGCCUUAAUAAGAAAAAAAUAAUAGGAAUCAAUGGUAAUCAAUGUGAAUGGAAACCAUGAUGUUUCUAUGAUCUUGUUUGAUAUUGGUGACAGGUGUGAGAAGUGGAGCCAUGAUGUUAACUUGGAAAUAUCUUAACAAGAUUUGGUGGAUGCCUACAUCAACUGCCAUAAGAUGGAAACACUCCCUCAGAAAUGUUAAUAGGCAUAUUUUUAGCAAAGGCUGCAGAGGAAAUGAUAGAAGUUGUUCUUUAAAAUGUUUCAAAAACAGCUCAAGAAACAUUUUUAUAUCAUGUUCAUCUUUACUACAAGCAGAAUCUGUGGAAAAGGGAUUAAUUAUAGAACCUGAUGAAUAUGUUCAAAACAUUUUCAAAGGACUGAAAAGUCAGAAUAGGGGGAGUUUAGCAAGAGCAAUAACUCUUAUAGAGACUAGCAACCCAAAGAAGAAAGUUCAAGCCAAAGCAUUACUGAACCUAAUUCUACAUGAUCAAAAGAUGGUUGGAGUUCAUUCUAUGAAAGGUCCACCAACUUUUAGAAUAGGACUCUCUGGACCACCUGGGGCUGGGAAGAGCACAUUUAUUGAAACAUUUGGAAAGUUCCUUACAGAAAGGGAUCACAGAGUUGCUGUCUUAGCAGUUGAUCCCUCCUCAUCACGCAGUGGGGGUUCUCUGCUUGGUGACAAAACAAGGAUGCCUGAACUGUCAAAAGACAUGAACGCUUACAUCCGAGCCUCGCCAUCCCGGGGAAUUCUGGGAGGUGUUACCAGGACAACCAACGAAGCUAUACUGGUGUGUGAGGCAGCAGGAUAUGACAUCAUACUGAUAGAAACAAUAGGUGUUGGGCAGGCAGAGUUUGUGGUAGCAGACAUGGUGGAUAUGUUCUGUUUGAUAAUACCCCCUGCUGGUGGGGAUGAACUGCAAGGUAUAAAGAAGGGCAUAGUAGAGGUAGCGGACCUUGUGGUAGUCAAUAAAUGUGAUGGCGACCUGGUCAAUUCUGCCCGCAUCAUACAGAGUGAAUACAUGAGUGCCCUCAAGUUCAUCAGGAAGGUUAAUAUAAACUGGAGUCCAGAGGUUUUAAGGAUAUCAUCAUUAACUAAAGAAGGAAUUCCAUCUCUGUGGGAGAAAAUGUGUGAAUUCAGACGAGUGAUGUCAAGUACAGGUGACUUAGACAUAAAGCGGGCAGACCAGAAGAAGAUUUGGAUGUGGAAUUACAUCAAGGACAAUAUCAUGGAUUUGUUCCAUUCCCACCCUGUGGUCAAGGAGAAGAUAGGUGUAAUGGAGGAUAGGGUGUCACACGGUGUACUCACACCUGGGGACGCAGCCGACUUGUUAAUGAAGGACUUUAUAAAAGAGUAUGUUGUGGAUGAUAAAACGUGAUAAUUUAUAAAUUUUCCCCUGGUUUUUGCUACGAUAUUUACUUGAUGAUUCCUGGUAAAACGUGUGUGUAUAAUUGAAGUGUGAAUCAAGCUUACAUAUACCAAAUACAUGUUUAUUGAUUUUUGCUUUCAAUGAAAGAAGAUAAUAUGUAUUUGGGUCUAUUUUCCCUUUGUCUCGCUCCUUUCUGUGUGUCAUAUCUCAGAAAGUCCUUGAGCUUUUGCAGUGAAAUAUAUCCUGAAUCUUCCUUUGACUUAGAGAACACCCCAAUUGAAUUCAAAGUUGAAUGAUAAGAAACAAUUACAUGUAUUAUGUAUUUUAAAAGUCCUAAUCAUUUAUUAUAAAAAGUAUUUUACCCUCAAAAUCUCAAAUCCUUUGAUUUUCGUCGUUCCCAUUGAGUCUGAUGUAAUGAGAAUUUGCUAUUUAACGUUAUUUUAUACAGUACUUAUUUGUGUUUAUGUUGUUUCUGAAGUGUUUUAUGAGAUAUAGUAAGUUAAAUAAAGCAAUAUUAUUUUACGCUUAAUAAAAAAAGUUCAUACA